CCUGUUCUUCCACCUCCCGACUCCUCCCCCGCCGCUCUGUCUGCCUCUGCUCGCUCCUCUCCGACUCCGAUCCGUCGAUAAAAUUGCGCCAUUGGACCGAGGGGAGGCAGAACCCGCGCUCAGCCCCUUCCCCACCCGCCCUCGGCGCCGGGCACGCCUCCACCUUCCCGACUCAGGCAUCAUUCAGCUACACCACAGCUCUGCCUCUUCCAGUGUUCCUACUCCCCUCGUCGUCCCCGGUCCCCCUGGACUUCGCGUGCAGCGAACAUCCAUCCGGACUCGGGUUGACUUGUUCCUUCGCGUAAGAAAAGGGCUGGUGGUUAACUUCUGGGCCUACGUCUUCAGGUUUGGAAAAAUAAGAAGACUGCUGCCAGCCGAGAAGUGGAGAAAACUAACGGUUCAUAUCUACUUCGAGAGUUCGAGGGAGCCCGGUGGGAGAAAAGGGACUGGACAGAUUGUGUUGCAGGUUCAGAUCACAAGCAUGGACAAAACUGCCAGUGUUGUAUUGGAUAUUGAGGGCCUGCCUCAACCACCUGAUAAAUGCUGCUCUGGAAGUCCAAAAAUGACGAGAGCCUUAUCGCGUAAGGGUUCAAAUCGCAUCGAGAGGAGGGGUGGUGACGAGCAGGAACAAGAGGAUUUGGCAAAAAAACUUAGCAUCAAAGUUGUGCCAUCUCAACUGGAGCAGCCCCUGGUUCAGAACAAGGCAAUGGUUGCUCCACACUGUACUCCCUGCACACCUGUUCUUAUCGAUUCGGGGGAAGGAAGGAACAAAAGAUUUAACCGGUUCACAGCUAUCAACCCUCGGAGAAUUCUUCUCUUCUUUGCAACGCUGUCGAGCGUGGGGACGACGAUACUGAUAUACUUCACGCUGGGGAUCAACAGCAAAGCGGAGGCGUAGUCGUUAGCAGACACUGUUUAUUUUGGCGGCGGCAGUACAUUCCAAGCUUUGAGUUUGCUUGUGUUUUGUUUGGGGGAGAGGAGCACAUGUUGACAGCAGCAACGAGAUGCAGACGCAACCAGCCAGGUUCUUAUCUAUGAGAUUCCCCAAAAAAAGGUUAUUAUCUUUGAGUGAGACGCUGCUCAACCCCUGGGUGUUCGUUGUACCUCCAGCAGCAGCCCCUUGCCUCCCAAAUUUGCUUCUUCUUCAUCAUCUGUAUGUAUAGAGAUUGGUUUUGUUGUGACCUGUGAGUCUAUGGAGAUAGAGGAGCCAUUGGUGUUUGGUGA